AAAGUUUACACCCAGCAAAGGAACAGCAAGAUAUUUUUCCUGGCAGACAGAGGACAGACACUCAGCUCGUGCAAAAAGAAACUGGAUGUUCUGAAAAAGGAACUGCAGGACAUGUGAUACCAACCUUCACCACAUCUUUACAACAAUGUGUGGCAUUUUUUGUCUGUUGAGUCUUUCGCCCACUCAUUUUGAGUGGGACAAGUCAGUACAUGAACAUUUGAAGAGGAGAGGGCCCAACUGGAGUCAGGAUCUCACAGUUACAGGCAGCAGCCCUUGCUACCAGUGUUUAUUCUCUGCCCAUGUCCUGCACAUGAGAGGUCACCUCACCCCUCAGCCUGUUCAGGACAGUGGUGGAAACGUGCUGGUGUGGAAUGGGGAGAUUUUUGAUGGGCUGCCAGUGUUGCCAAAGGAGAAUGACACUGUUGUUUUCUCUCAGUGGCUGUCAUCCUGUAGCAGCCCCUCAGAGAUUCUGUCUGUCCUGUCCAGCCUGAGAGGACCGUGGGGGUUUGUGUACUACCAAAAGGCUGGGGACUACGUCUGGUUUGGAAGAGACUUUUUUGGAAGACGGAGUUUGCUGUGGAAAUUUGAUGCAGGAGUUUUGACCCUAACCUCUGUCGCAGCUAACACUUUGAGUGAUGAGUUUGCUUGGCAAGAAGUCCCUGCAGUUGGUGUGUACAGGAUUGACCUUAAGGCAGCUGCAGAAGCUGGCACUGUGACAUUUGAGCUUUAUCCUUGGGCGUAUGCUGGAGAAAGUAUCAUAUCUUUGUGCAGUGAAACUGUUUUGGAGUCUGUUCCUUGCGGCUGCACUGCUAUAAUGAACAAAUCAGGACUGGUACUCACUUCACCUGUGUGUCCACUUAAUAUGUCCAUCCCAGAGUCAAUAAAUGAGACAGAAACUCAUCAACACGCACAGCCGUCUGUCAAAGAUCUGGACCGGCUGCUGUCGAGCAGAGAGAAAAAUGAUGUGGUGAACUGUCUGAUUGAUGUUCUCAGUGAGGCAGUAAGACGACGUGUCCAGUCUUUGCCCUUUGAGGUUCAAGACCUUUCGCCUGAGAAAGACACUGCCAGUGUUGCCAUACUCUUCUCUGGAGGUAUAGAUUCUAUGAUUUUGGCUGCUUUGGCCGACCGUCACAUUCCUGCUCAUGAACCUAUCGACCUCCUCAACGUGGCAUUUAAACUACAGGAACCAAAGCAGCAAAAAGAGUCCACAAAGAAUCACAAAAAGCCCAAAAAUAAGCCAGCAGAUUCUAAGCCUGACGAUGCUGCUCACAGAACAUUCAGCCCAUUUGAUGUUCCAGACAGAAUUACUGGGAAAGCAGGUAUCAAGGAAUUGCAAGACUUGAAUCCCGGAAGACGAUGGAAUUUUGUCGAAAUCAAUGUAACACAGGAAGAGCUGCAGAGAAUGCGCCAGGAGCGCAUUACUCAUUUGGUUUAUCCUCUGGAGACAGUACUGGAUGACAGCAUCGGCUGUGCUGUGUGGUUUGCAGCGAGAGGGACUGGGUUCAUCAUGGAGGACAAUGAGCAGAGACCUUUCUCAUCAUCAGCAAAGGUUAUUUUGACAGGAAUUGGAGCAGACGAGCAGCUCGCAGGUUAUUCCAGGCACAGGGUUCGAUUUAAGAUGUCCGGACACGAGGGACUGAUCCAGGAACUUGCUAUGGAGCUGGGCAGGAUCUCCUCCAGGAAUUUGGGCAGGGAUGACAGAGUGAUAGGAGACCAUGGGAAGGAGGCCAGAUUUCCCUACUUGGACGAGGACAUGGUGAAUCACCUGAAUUCUCUGCCUGUGUGGGAAAAAGCCGAUCCGUCUCUUCCUCGAGGAGUCGGAGAGAAACUCCUCCUGAGGCUGGCGGCGAAACAGCUGGGCCUCGGUCCGUCUGCGGUCCUGCCCAAAAGAGCCAUGCAGUUCGGCUCCCGCAUCGCCAAGAUGGAGGACAGUCGUGAAAAGGCCUCUGACAGAUGCAGAAGGCUCCUCACUGGUUAG